GGAAACUCUCUCUCUUUUUUUCCCCUUGUUUUGUUGUGGAUAUCAACUCCUCGCGGUUACCGUCUCUCAGGCUUUACUUAUUUUUCGAUUCGCCUUUGUUAUUAAUACUAUUAUUGUUCUUUGUUUUGCGCGAACAGUCUGGCCGUACAUUUUUGGGCGUCGUUCAUAGAGCGUGUAAUUACACGGCAGUAGCGUCGGCGUCGCUUCUUCACUUGUAGCAAACGGUGGGGAGGAUUUCUUUUCCUCUUUUUUUUGUUUUUGCAAAAGGGAAUACACAACCACCACAUAAUAGGAGCUUCAACCAAUAUGGCCUCAAGCGAUCCUGCUGAGACGGAGCGGCUGAUUCGUCAAAAAUUAGAAGCGAGCGGGCAGUAUGGGAAAAUGCGUGCCAUGAUCAUGGAGGCUGCGCUGCAGACCGUGCAGUCUUCCUCUUCCUCCUCCUCCGAUAGCAACGGCGCAAACAGCAGCAAACAGUUUUUUGCGCCUUCCGCGGCCCUCAGCGAGGCCAAAAAGAGUGGCCUGACGGAGUUGAGCAUCGUCUUCGAGUACCUCCACUCCUUGGGCCUCCAGUACACCGAAAGUGUGCUGCGUCUGGAGGCGGGGCUGUCCGCGGUGCCGCUGCAGUCCAGCGCAGAGCUGCAUCAAAAUUUUGGCGUUGCCCCGCCCGGGACGUGUUUGACGGCGCUGGUGCGAGGGAACGUCCACGCCGGUUCAGGUGCUGGUGACGGGGGCAGCCGUGCAGAUGUCCCCCCUUCGUCCACGCAGCCCGCUGCCGCCGCGGUGGUGGAGGAGCCGGCAGACGACGCCGCCUCCGACCACGACCAGCCCGGCGGCGAGGACACUACCUACUUCAUCUCCAACUGGGCGAAGCGACACUUUGUGCGAUAUCAGCAGGUGUCGGGGCAGCAGGUGCAGCUCGAUCGCCUGACGGACUGCUCGACCGUCGUGCUCGACGAGCUCGACAGCAUGACAGCCGACGACUGCGAGGGCGGCGAGGUGGUGAUUGCCGCCUGCGAAGGCAGCGUGUUUCUGCGCAACUGCAAAAAUAUGACGGUUCACGUCGCCUGCAAGCAGCUGCGCACCCGCGACUGCGAGAACAUCGACCUACACAUCUUCACCACCACCGACCCGGUGGUGGAGAUGAGCCACCACAUUCAUUUCUACCCUUUUCACCUGCGGUUGCCGGGUCUGCGACGGCUGUUCUCGGAGGCCCGUUUAGACCCCAAAUUGAACCGCUUUGUGCACGUCUACGACUUUACGCCAAGUGAGCCGGACCUGCCGGAGCAGCACUUCCUGGUGCACUUCCCUGAGCAUGAACAGCACAUGACGGACCGCUGCGCCACCUACGGCGCCCCGGAGUGCCCACCCGAACUGGAACAGCUGCUGGCCCUGCAGCUCAUGCCGGCCGCCAGCUCCGAAUCGGGCAAGAACAAAAGCUACGACAUCAAGACAGGGUCAAAGGUGUGGACGGCGACGACGGGGAUGCCCGCGGCGGUGCCAGUUGUAGCCGCCGCUGCUGCUGUUGCUGGUGCUGGUGCCGCUGCUGCGGCGGAGAGACCUCCCGUUUCCUCCGCUGCGGCGGCCACCACCACCACCACCACCACCACCACCGCGGCUGCUUACAAGAGCGACUUCGAGGCCUCGGAUAACGAACACUCCUCGGUGCACUCCUCCUCCGUCUCCGAUGUGGCGAGUGACAGCAGCGGCAACAGUAACAGCAGCGAUGACGGUGACGCUCGUGGCGCUGCCGCGGCGCGGGGUGCUGCACCCAAGAAGGCGGCGGUGACUCCGAAUGGGGCUCUCACCGCCGCGGCUACGGGGGGCCACUCCGCGAUGCCUGGCGGGCUGGACGAUGAGGCGUACUCCUCCUUCGAUGACGAGAGCGACGCGGCGGACGCGGAUGACAAGUAUGCGGUACACGAAGAUGAGGACGAUUUCUAA